GUGUGGGGAUCUUCAAUGCCGAGGACUUCUUGUCGCGUGCUCAGAUGAACGACAAAAUCAACAACAUCUUGCGCUCGCCCACCAAGCCGACCAACGGGGUGCGCCAGCGCUCCGUCUACACCAACAACCCAUCGCCGCAGGCAAGCUUGCGUGUCGGCAUGACUGGGGGGCAGCUGUCCCAACGCAUGAGCAACAUCUCGCUGUCCUCCGGCACGGACUCCGUGGGCCACAUGGAUCGCGGCAGCAGCUCCAGUCUCGCUAGCAGCGCCACCGUUGGCACCAACACCAUCACCAGCGGCAUUUCCAAGGAGUGCGCCAAUUACCCCGUCGGCAGUCAGUCGGCCCGUUCAUACGUCCAACUUCCGGGCAUACACAUUUCCAACCCUCUCCAGUACGGGCCAGAGAAUAUGCAGGAAAUAGACGCUGGCAAAAUGGCGCACAACGGCAAGGCACUCACAGGGCGCUACAAUGCCACGCCCACCUAUGGCUUCGACAACGAGCAGAACUACUGCCUGUUGCCGUCUCCAAUGCCCCUCCACCAUACGCCUUGGCACGCGUGAGCAGCACACGCAACUUCGAGCUCGAGAAC